AUGUACAAAUUUACGACCCAUUUAAAAAAUCCAAAUUUGAUUCUGGUCAGAAAACACAUCGGAGAUACAUCAUGUACAGCAUUAAUAGUAAUGAGGGCACCACACCGCACAUAUGCCCAAGAUAAAGAAUCCUGUCCUUCACCUAAGCCUCCCCAAAAAUCCCAUAAGCUCUUUUGGACGACUGUUGGUGCAACUGUUCUCACUGGUGCAGCCGUUGUAUAUGCUAAAAACAGUCCAGAUGCCCGUAACUGGUUGGAAACAAAUGCACCAUGGGCAAAUGAUUUUAUUGCACUUGUGUAUCAGGAGAACACAACUUAUUGGAAAACAACUGUCAAUCAAAUUAGCAAGGCAAAAAGCAGUAUCAGUAACUUCAUGUUUGGAAAGGAGGGUGUGUCUCCUCUCGAUUUCAAACAACGGUCAGAACAAGACUUGGAAAAGGAUGCUGCGAAAGCAUUUACGAAAAAAGACUAUGAAUUACCCCCUCCGAAAUUUGAACCCCUCUAUGUUGAAGAGAAACCUGCAUUGAAGCCUGAAGUUGAAACCACUGUGGCAACACUAGUGCAGACCGAGGAGUGCCCCCCACGGGAGCCCGAGCCCAUAGUCAUCACUAAGGACAUGGUCGAGCUCGAGCACGAGAUGCACGAGAACACAAAAGCGGCGGUGGACGGCUACAAGCAGGCGUUGCAGUACUGCGUCGACUACAACAAGGCACUAUUCAAAGUGGUGGAGUCACCGCUCGCCGAUUUGGACAAGAAACACUUUACUGCGAUAAAGAGCGCUCUCGGCGAGAGGGACAGCAUAGCGAAGAAGGCCAAAGACGCCGCCGCUAAGGCGAAGUGCGCGAUCGAGACGCUGGACCGAAUGAUAAAGGCGGGCGUUAAAGCGCCGCCUGAGAGUAUUGCCGCCACGCAGCGCUACAUAAAGAAGUUCAGAGCGGACCUGGAGGAGGUCGAGAGAAACUAUUCGGAGGAGGUGGAGAAAGCAGUCCUCAGUGACAGAUACUGGAACAAGGUCGAGGCGGCCAGGAACGAGUUCAGGGACGAGCUGCAGAUGCUCUUCCCUGGGGUGGAUCUCAGCGCUCGGAAACUGGACAUACAGGGCGACACCGAUUUGCUUCUUAUGUACACCCUGAAGAAGGUUCAAUUCUUACAAAACGAAAUCGCUGAGCUCCAAACUGUUCGAGAGUUGAAAAUAAACAGAGCUAUUGAAUGCCACGACGAGAAAGCAAUAAUCGAGGCCAAGGUGGAAGAAGUAAUCAAACGGGAGACGCUUCAGAAAGAGUUGGAAUUCCAAAAGAAGAGCCUCGCAGUGCAAUCUGAAGCCAAUAGGAAAAUGAAGGAGCAGCUCAAGAGACAGUUUGAGAUCCAACAAGAGGUUUUGCAGGACAAGUUGAAAGCAAAGGAUGCUGAGAUAUUGCGUACCUACAACAAAGCGGUGUCGGAGCAAGUCGAGAAAGAGCGCGUCGUUUUCAAGAAGGACAUGGCGGCCAUGGCCGGCAAGCUGAUGGCCAUAGAGCAGACAUUGAAACAGCGCGCCAAGGCCGAGGAGGAGGCGCGCCGCUCGCAGUCGCUGUGGGCGGCCGGCGAGGCGCUGCUGGCCGCCACGAGGCGGGCCGCGGCCGCAGCCGCCGUCCACGACGAGCUCGCCGCCCUCGAGAGGGCCGGCAAAGACGACAAACUGGUGGAGACAGUUUUGAAGAGCAUACCGCAGGAAGUACGCCAGAAGGGGAUCGCAACUGAGAAAGCGUUAUUAGAGAAGUUCGAUAAGAUGGAGAAGACCGCUGCUAAGGUGGCUCUAGUAGGCCGCGAUGGCGCCUCCUUACCCGUUUACUUCCUGUCCUGGCUUCAAUCCAAACUGCUGUUCCAAAAGUUUGCCGAAAUCCCCGAAGACGAGCUGAAGAACAAACCGACCGACUUCUCUAAACUGGACACAUUCGAUAUCAUUCAGAGGGCGAGGUACCACAUGGACCACGGCGACUUGCAGUCCGCCCUGAAGUACGUGAACCUGCUGCAGGGCGCCCCGAGGGCGGCCACCUCCCGCUGGGCCACCGCGGCCCGCCAGCACCUGGAGGUGCGGCAGGCCGCGGAGGCCGUGAUGGCCCACGCCUCCGUCUCCGGCCUCCUCUACCUC